AUGGAUAUUUCGAAUCCUCGUCGGAUAUUAGCCGUUUCAUUGGCAGAUUCGACCCAACACCUAACUAGAGUCAUCAAGGAUCUCACCGGCACUCACCCAGAGCAAACAUCGACAACAUUAGCUGGUUCUUCACAUAAUCUCUCCUUAAAGACAGCAUACUACACAGCAGAGGUCCCCAUAUGGCUGGAUCUCAUCUCGUCACCAUCAGAAUGGGCAGACUCGUUUCUGUCUCCUGAAGCCAAGGAGGUCCUCGAAGUCCUCGGUGGCCUCGUCAUAGUCUUUUCCCUUCCCACUCAAUCACAAUCAGAUGAGGCCAAGACCGCGCGUGAGCUCAUCCAAAACGUCGGCAAGGUUGUCAAGGAAGGACUUGGCGGAUGGUCUUGGGAUGGAGUAAGUCUAUGUCUAGGCGUGGGAGAAAUCGAUGAUGUCAACGAAUGGGAGGAUUGCUGCUCAGAUUUGGGGCUAGAGUUCGUUCAGGUGAGGAAUCGGACCAUCCAAGAGCGUAACGAAUUCGGUGAGAAAACCGGCAUCCCUCGGGCUCUUGAAGCACUAGAGUCAAAUGACUGGUCACAGACGUCGGCAGGAGAUCUCGGGUCUGAUUUCGAGGACUUCGAAGAGGAAUUAGGUAUCGGGAAAGAUUCCAAAGCUAACGGCAAAGACAAGGAUGGGCCUGAUCUUGAUCCGGAAAGCCUAGACUUCGGCUUCGACCGCGAGGACUUCGCCGGGUUAAGACAAGCGAUAUGGAAUGCCGGUCAAGAAAAUGACGAGGAUUUUCUCAACGGUGAGCCGAGUACGGGGAUCAACCCUAAUGAGGGAGAGGAUCUCGACGAUGAGGAGAUUAGGAAGAUAGAACGCAUGAUGGUUAAGCUCCAAGCCGUGCGUGACACAAGUGCCGGUUUACCAGAAGAGCAACGGAAGAAGGUAGCUGCAAAUGCGGUAGCUGAGGUGAUGAAAGAGCUUUGA